AUGAACUUGACCUGCCUCAUCACCUUUUCCGUGCCAUUUCGAGGUGAAACCGAGAACGGACUCAAUUUUUACGUCAGGGCGAAUGAGAGACGCUCGAUUCAGGUCGGUGUUGCUACCGCAUUGGAUAAGGGUGAGGUGGCGGGGCACCGAACGUGUGUGAUCGAUUUCGAUAUCGGGUUGAGGAACAUGGACUUGCAUCUCGGGUGCGAGCGGAGGGUGAUUUUCGACUUCGUCAACGUCAUACAGGAGCAGUGCACACUGAACCAGGCCCUGAUACAGGACCGACGAAAUCCCGGGCUCAGCCUGCUGGCGGCGUCUCAGACCAAGGACAAGGAGGCCUUGACACAGGAAGGGGUCACGCGAGUCAUACGGGAGCUGCAGAAGAGCUUCGACUACGUCGUGUGUGACAGCCCCGCGGGGAUCGAGUCAGGCGAGUCGAAAGGGGUCCCGCGCAUGCGGGCGCGGCACGCCAUGUACUUGGCAGACGAGGCGGUGAUCGUCACCAACCCCGAGGUGUCCUCGUGCAGGGAUAGCGACAAGAUGGUGGGGUUCAUCGCCAGCAAGUCUAGGAGGGCGGAGACGGGGCAGGCGCCGGUGCGGCAAACGUUGCUCGUCACCAGAUACGGAGACGACGCGGCGACGGCCUACAAGGACGCGGUCGAUCGGUUCUUGGGGAAGACGGUGGACCUCAAAUUCGUGCAACCCAAACCCGCCGGUCUGUGA